AUGGAGAGAACUGUCACUAUCGACAAGGCCAUCAACGCCAUAAAAACCGCAGCCGACGAAAUCCCUGCAGAAGAUUUUAUCUCCUAUUCUACGAUUCUGGAUGUGCAUCUUUCGUAUGCUCAUGAGUUUUUCUCAGAGGAGGAUCAGAACUCACUAUUAGAGACCUUGGCAGAUAUACUCAAUACCCAUGAGGAUCUAGCCCGCGAUAUUUCCUGGGAUCUCGUAUCGGUUCUACUCCCAUUUCUGGAGUCAUCAGCUGCGACAACACUUCAAACUGCAGAAUCUUUAAUUGCGUCUACUGCUACAAAAGGAAACCCCAAAGAGGUCUUCAUCAAGGUUCUAGAGUCGCUGUCUUCGCUUAGCUGGGCACCUAACGUAAGUCACAAAGACGACGAAGAUGAGGAUGAGGACAAAGCUGUACACUCUGGAGACGAAGAUGAAGAGAAGGUGGCUUCGGAAGAGGAGGAGGAGGAAGAGGAGGACAAGGAGCUUCACAAGCAUUCACUCAAGAAAUUCCAUGCUCUGCUUUCUGCACUAUCGAUUGUGCACCCCAGGAUUAGAGCUAAAUGCCCGUCCCGGUUCUUGUCAACCGAAUUGACAACGUUGCUGGGCGUUGUCAUGAAGUCAGUUCAGUGGCUCGAAAGGGAGGAGGUCGACGGCGUCUUAAGAGCCAUACUGGAAUUCGUAGAACUAGCUAAACCGGAGCUUCCGCGUGGACCUCAGUCAAGGAAACCAAGUGUGGCGCAAGGAGAGAGACCACCCCUACCUCCGAGAACCUCGACUGUAGAUGCUACUACUACUGCAGAGGUUGCCCCGGCCAAAGAUGAUAAGGAGCUUUUGCUCCAGGCGAGACUGCUUGUGUCGUUCCUGACACAUAUCUUGGAGAUCUAUCUACUUCGAACCAGAACUCGGUAUAAUAAGACCUCAGUAGAAUAUGUCGAGAAAGCGCACAGUCACGGUAGUCAUACACACCCAACUGAAGACGAGGACGAGGACGAGUCAAGAGGACUGAUCCUUGGAUGGGCUGGUGAUUACGACGAGAAGGUUACUAGGCUCGGGAAAAGUAAGGUUCCCGGAGGUCAAACUCUCAUUGACGACGAACGAGAGGCUAGAGCAGGAAGAAGGGACGUGAAGCAAAUAGUUGAGGAGAUCUCAGCCCUAUGUGAUGGACUAGGAUUAAAGAUCGAGGAACUACUUAAGAUAGUUGAGACAAUUGACGAACCCAGCGAAAAUCAUGACGAGGAGCAUGAACACAACGACGUUUCUGCGCCCUCUACCGCCGAUGAAGUCCCCCUAUCAAAAAUAGGCUCUCUUUUCCUCCUCGCCGAAAAGCUCUCAAGUCAGAGUUUCUACGAAUUCACCGCCGGAAUCUUCCCCGAACACCAAAAGAUCUCUCGCAACUACCUCAUUUUAGGCCCAGGACAAUCACAGCCCCCAGUUUUAGAUGCAGUCCUUUACCUUGGUGCGCUCAUCCUCCAUGAAGGUGUAGGCCUUAAUGAAAUCCCUCUUCAGAUUGAAGAGUUCUUAAUAUACCUUCAAACAUUCGCCGCCAUCUCCGCAACUGCCACCUCUCCUCAGAUUCGUUUCCUCGCAAACGUCCACGUCGCUACAUGCCUCAAAAAACACCCCGAUGAGGCGGUGCGUCUAGCAUACAUCAAAGACACACUCGAACACUGUCCUUUCGAGUCUCUUAAGGAGCGCGUCGUCGUUUUCCUGAAAGACGAGAUUAUUGCCGCUACCUCACCUUCCCCUACAUCCUCAGCACCAUCGACGCCAAGCUCUAUCUUCGGCUCAUCACUCGCGCUCCAGGAGCUCUCUUCUGCCCUCUUCCCAGAUGUUGCCGAACUCCUUUCAGGAUCGGAUCAACAGAACUGGUCCGCGCUUAAGAACGCAUACCCAACUUUUGUGGCGACCGCGAACUUGUACUACUUCUUACUGAAGUCGCCGGCGACACAUGGAAGAGUGGGCGUGUGUGACAAGAAGCAUGUCGACAGAGUGGAGGAGAAGUUCUUGGCGCCAUUGAGGAAAGCUGUUGAUGGCUUCAAAGGUGUGGAAGAGGCCGGAAUGGGGUUCGAAAUGGAAAUUCUAAAGGAAGUGUUGGAGAGGAUUGGUGAGGUAAAGAAGAGUGUGUUGAACUAA